AGUUUGGCUCUGACGACGAAUCACCUGCCUCAGACAGCAGGGGCGGAAGCGGAAAAGAGCUGAAAGUCUUGGUUUGGCCUUGGGUUCCGCUGUAGGGGAGGUCCCGUGCGAAAGAAUGAGGAGAUCUUGGGGCCUUACCUACUAGCGGAAUCGGGUGACGAGACGCCUGCCAGUGCGGGAGGUAGGAAGCUCGAUCCCCAAAGAAAAGAGCGAGUGGGCAGGCAGCUGCGAGACAGAACCGGAGUGUGCAGGGUCCCUAGAGGCCGGUUCCUGGUCGGUGCUGCUCUCCUGGAAGCCAUGGUACAGGCAGAGCUCAGGGCGAUCCCCAGGUGAGGGCAGCGGCUCUGCCUGAGAUUCCACCGCAGUACAACCGGGUAGAUGCGGGGUGGGGAAGAAAGGAUGUUGCCUGCACUGCUCGCCAAUAGCACCCUGAGCCGCUACAUUUGCAGGAGCAGCAGCAGAAGACAUAGCGCCGGUCCAGGAGGCGGCUCGAGCUGUUCGUAAAGUCGCCCGACAGCUUUUUCUCCGUAGUAUGCGAGUUGACAAAACAGCCAGAGAACAGGGCUCCCCAUUACAAUCUUUUCGAGAUCUUUUCCCUUUCUAACCGGAUCUGAUUUGUGCGAAAACAUGCCUUGCACUUGUACCUGGAGAAACUGGAGACAGUGGAUUCGACCUUUAGUAGCGGUCAUCUACCUGGUGUCAAUAGUGGUUGCGGUUCCCCUAUGCGUGUGGGAAUUACAGAAACUGGAGGUUGGAAUACACACCAAGGCUUGGUUUAUUGCUGGAAUCUUUUUGCUGUUGACUAUUCCUAUAUCACUGUGGGUGAUAUUGCAACACUUAGUGCAUUAUACACAACCUGAACUACAAAAACCAAUAAUAAGGAUUCUUUGGAUGGUACCUAUUUACAGUUUAGAUAGUUGGAUAGCUUUGAAAUAUCCCGGAAUUGCAAUAUAUGUGGAUACCUGCAGAGAAUGCUAUGAAGCUUAUGUAAUUUACAACUUUAUGGGAUUCCUUACCAAUUAUCUAACUAACCGGUAUCCAAAUCUGGUAUUAAUCCUUGAAGCCAAAGAUCAGCAGAAACAUUUCCCUCCUUUAUGUUGCUGUCCACCAUGGGCUAUGGGAGAAGUAUUGCUGUUUAGGUGCAAACUAGGUGUAUUACAGUACACAGUUGUCAGACCUUUCACCACCAUCGUUGCUUUAAUCUGUGAGCUGCUUGGUAUAUAUGACGAAGGGAACUUUAGCUUUUCAAAUGCUUGGACUUAUUUGGUUAUAAUAAACAACAUGUCACAGUUGUUUGCCAUGUAUUGUCUCCUGCUCUUUUAUAAAGUACUAAAAGAAGAACUGAGACCAAUCCAACCUGUUGGCAAAUUUCUUUGUGUAAAGCUGGUGGUUUUUGUUUCUUUUUGGCAAGCAGUAGUUAUUGCUUUGUUGGUAAAAGUUGGCGUUAUUUCUGAAAAGCAUACGUGGGAAUGGCAAACUGUAGAAGCUGUGGCCACCGGACUCCAGGAUUUUAUUAUCUGUAUUGAGAUGUUCCUCGCUGCCAUUGCUCAUCAUUACACAUUCUCAUAUAAACCAUAUGUCCAAGAAGCAGAAGAGGGCUCAUGCUUUGAUUCCUUUCUUGCCAUGUGGGAUGUCUCAGAUAUUAGAGAUGAUAUUUCUGAACAAGUAAGGCAUGUUGGACGGACAGUCAGGGGACAUCCCAGGAAAAAAUUGUUUCCCGAGGAUCAAGAUCAAAAUGAACAUACAAGUUUAUUAUCAUCAUCAUCACAAGAUGCAAUUUCCAUUGCUUCUUCUAUGCCACCUUCACCCAUGGGUCACUACCAAGGGUUUGGACACACUGUGACUCCCCAGACUACACCUACCACAGCUAACAUAUCUGAUGAAAUCCUUAGUGAUACUAUAGGAGAGAAAAAAGAACCUUCAGAUAAAUCCGUGGAUUCCUGAACAGUGUGGAAAAGCAAACUGUGCAACUACUACAUUAUAUCAUUACCUGGUAUCCCAUGGAUUUUGUGCUUGGGACAGACCAUAAAUGAUGGAAAAUGUCAACACAAAAAUAGCUGAAAGCCAGGUACAACUACUACAUUUAUAUAUGUAAGUUUUGUAUAUCAAAAAUAAUUGGUCUAAAUUUCCUAGACUUAGACUUGAUUUCUUAACAUUAGGGUAUCACAUACUCAAAUGGUAGACAAUGACCCCAACUAAAUCUUCCUGAUGUUACACAGCUUUAUCAAGAGGAUGGACUCUUUUUUUUUGAGACAGAGUCUUCCUCUGUCACCCAGGCUGGAGUGCAGUGGCGCAAUCUCGGCUCACUGCAAGCUCUGCCUCCCAAGUUCACGCCAUUCUCCUGCCUCAGCCUCCCGAGUAGCUGGGACUACAGGCACCUGCCACCAUGCCCAGCUAAUUUUUUUUUUUUUUUUAGUAGAGACAGGGUCUCACCGUGUUAGCCAGGAUGGUCUUGAUCUGACCUCGUGAUCCGCCCACCUCAGCCUCCCAAAGUGCUGGAAUUAUAGGCGUGAGCCACUGCGCCUGGCCAAGAAUGGACAUUUUUUAAAAAAACAUCAGUACUUCCUACCACUGCUGCAUGAGUAUAAUGCUCCGGAAUUAUCAGAAAGCAUAAUGCAGAAAUACAAAUUAGUGGAACUUAAUCAUGUGCCAUAUAAGCUUACCUAACAAACAGUUAUAUCCCUAUUCCUCAACUGAAUGUCUUUCAAUAAAUAAGAAUUUAUCAUUUA